UAAUGACUUAUAUGUGUGAGGGUGAAAUUUAAGACUAUUGGCUUUAGUAAGUCAGAUUUCAAGUCUGAAGGGGAGGUGUAUUUUAUUUGUGAUUUUUUAUUUCUUGUUCAACAACUUGGUAUGAGUGUGCUGAAAUGUAAAGUUCAUGACUUCAUGCUGUACCGCUUUCUCUGUCCCUUAUUGGACUCAUAUGUAUUGAAUUGCUCUAUGUUCUGUGCAGACAACAUUUCUAUACUAAAGAGAAAAGAUACUAAUAUCACAGAGUUUAUAUAAAUUGUAACUAGUAAUCUGAUGACAUUUAUGCGUAUCUUUUGUUGAAUAUAAGUUUCAAGUGAUCUAUCCUAACAUAGCUAACAUGCACGGGUUGUUGGAGUUGCUAAUCUUGGACAUUUUGGGCAUUUUCUGUAUAUAACUCCGGACAAAAUUUUCAAGGGCAAGAGGGAUUAAAAAAUAGUAGCAUUUUUUUAGUUAGAUGAAAUAAGACGGACAGUAUUGACCCAACCUUCUGUAGUGAAUGAAGGUCGUGUUUUUGGCAUGGACAUGGAUAAAAUGGCUGUACUUGAUUUAUUGUAGACUCGAAAAUCAUGGAAAAAGGGGAAGAACACUCAGCGCCGUUAACACCAUCCAGCUCAAAUCUCCCAACCACGGGCAUACCGUCAACUUCUGUAAGCUUCAGAAAUUACAUGCACAUGCACGGUUACUAUGGGGAACUUCCGACGUGGUCACCUCUAAUGCAACAGCCAGAUGGCUACCAAUAUCCAUGGAAUAUUCAACAGCCCAAUGAUGGUUACCCAACUCCUGUCAUGACUACUGCAUCCGCCGCAAGCGAAAGAGGUGAUAUAGAAGACUCCUCUCCCAAUUGGGCUGAAACUGAGCGCCCAUCUACCUCCGCUAGAGUUGAAGAAAGCAACAAAGAUAGACCCAAGGAUUCGAUGGAAACUGAGGAUAGAAUAAACGAGGCAGGUCAGUUAGAUGAUGAGGUUGGUGGUGACACAAUUGAGGAGCCCAAGCCGAAGAUGGAGUUUAAUUCUUUUGAAGAAGUAAUGACUUAUUACAAGCAGUAUGCUAAGAAUAUUGGGUUUGGGGUAAUGACAAGAAGGACUGAGAAGGGAGAUGAUGGGACUGUCAGAUAUGCCACCCUCGGCUGUGCCCGUGGUGGGAAAGCCCGUAAUAGGACGUUGAAUGUUGCCAGGCCACGGCCGACAGGAAAAACGGAGUGUAAGUCGAAGAUUAAUGUCUUAAAGGUAGAUGGAAAGUAUCAGUUGACAACAGUUAAUAACAUUCAUAACCACGGCCUCAGUCCAAAAAAAUCUCGUUUCUUUCGAUGUAACAGAGAAGUUAGUGACUCUGUAAAAAGAGUCUUAGAUACAAAUGAUAUAGCUGGAAUCCGAAUGAAUAAGAGUUUCGGAUCUCUUGUCGUUGGCGCAGGAGGUUUUGAAAACCUACCGUUUUUGGAAAAGGAUUGUUGGAAUUACAUCGAUAAGGCAAGACAUUUACGACUUGGCGCUGGUGGUGCUGGAGCCCUUCAAGAAUAUUUUGAACGGAUGCAAUACAAGAAUCCUGGGUUUUUUGCAUCGAUGGAUUUAGAUGACGACGGGAGGUUAAAGAAUGUCUUUUGGGCAGACCCCGUAGUAGGGCAGCCUAUGAAGAUUUCGGUGAUGUGGUUACAUUCGACACCACAUAUCUGA